CUGGCAUCUUAAUGGUUCACAUACAUAAUUUGUAUGAUAAGCAUUGACCUGUUUUAUCGCUGAAAUCCUUACGAGGUGUUGCGUGAUGUUCCCGGGGGAUGAUGUGGAGUUGUAGGUGACAUUUCGGCUGACGAACCUUCAGCCUGCCCCCGUGCGUCUGACGUCAUCGACGUCAAACGGGACUGUUUGUUCUGGAUUUGGGGCGAGGAAGGUCUACGAGCGCUGACAACCGACAGAAGAAGCGUGUCACUGACAAACCUCCGGUGUUACCUCAGGAAAUCGCCGCCUCAUCCACUGAGAUAUGAUCACACAAUUGCAAUAGAUCACAGCUGCAUAGCAACAAACAUAGAGUCGACCGAGGACUGUAAUGGCCUGAGGGGGGUCCCCCCGGUCCCACCUGCCCCUGCCAGGUCAUAUCUGCUCAAACCGUCGGCUCAGUCACUGCAACCCACCUCUGCAAUGGGAGACGGACUGGAGGCUGGCAGCAGCCAGAACCCUCCCUCCGCCCCACCGCCUCUCGCCUUCAACCCUCCACCACCUGAAGCAUGGAACCCCUCCAGACCCAAACGGCAGACCAACCAGCUACAGUACCUGCUAAAAGAUGUGUUGAAGACAUUGUGGAAACACCACUUUGCAUGGCCCUUCCAAGCUCCUGUUGAUGCCAUCAAACUUGGUUUACCUGACUACUACAAGAUCAUCAAGAUACCUAUGGACAUGGGCACGAUAAAAAAGCGUUUGGAGAACCACUACUACUGGAAUGCCCACGAGUGUAUCCAAGACUUCAACACAAUGUUCACUAACUGCUACAUCUACAACAAGCCUGGGGAUGAUAUUGUCCUAAUGGCGGAGGCCUUGGAAAAGGUCUUUUUCCAGAAGAUCACACAGAUGCCCCAGGAGGAGAAGGAGAUUGCUGUUGUCACCAAGGGGCGCCGAGGGGGCAGACGGGAGCCUGGUCUGAUCUCCAAGUCCGAUUCAGGCCAAGACUCAUCCUCCCCCUCCACCACCCCACACACACAGAGCUUCUCAUCCCCUUCAACCACCCCGCAGACCCGUGCCCCACCCACCUCUCAAGGCCCUCCCGUCCUGUCCCUGGCCCAGCCUCUGAAUCUGCCCCUGGCCCAGCCUCAGCCCCCACGCGUGCCUCUUACUCCCACUUCCCACGCACCCCAUCUGGGACCUCCGUUUCCUCUCUCAACGGCUGACGUCCUGGCCCAGGGCAUGACCUCUGUUCCCCCUCCAGCCCCAACGCACCCAGGCCUCCAUCCCGCCCCGAUGCUGCAGAGCUCCCCCGCCCUCAUAAAGCAAAGGAAGAGCCAGAAGAGGAAAGCAGACACCACCACACCCACUGCCAAUGACCAGCUCAGCGAAUCAUCUCCUGUCUCUGCUGAGAUUCGGCAGCGGCGAGAGAGCAUUCGCCCAUCCAAGACGCCCAAAAAAGACACGUCGCAGCCGGAUUCUCAGCAUCAUCUGGGAGGCAGUUUGGAGGCAGCAGGGACGGUUACGCCGAAGCGUCAGGAGCAGUUGCGUUUCUGCUCACGUCUCGUCAGAGAGAUGCUGUCUAAGAAACACGUAGCAUAUGCCUGGCCCUUCUACAAGCCCGUUGAUGCAAAAGCUCUAGGCCUCCACGACUACCACGACAUCAUCAAGCACCCCAUGGAUCUCAGCAACAUCAAGAAAAAGCUGGACAACAGGCAGUACAGAGACGCUCAAGAAUUUGCAGCAGACGUCCGGUUGAUGUUCUCCAACUGUUACAAGUACAAUCCCCCAGACCAUGAUGUGGUUGGCAUGGCGCGCAAUUUACAGGACGUGUUUGAGAUGCGUUUUGCCAAAAUGCCUGAUGAGCCAGAGGAGCCCGCCCCUGUUCCCACCCCGUCAUCGGCCCUCCACCCUGCCCCCUCCACUCGACAAGCCCCACCUCCUCCUGCUGCUUCGGAAGACGACAGCUCCAGUUCCUCUGAAUCCGAGUCCUCUGGAGGAGAUUCAGACCAUGAACGGCAACACCGAUUGGCUGAGUUACAGGAACAGCUUAAAGCUGUCCAUGAACAGCUGGCAGCACUCUCCCAGCCCCCAGCCAUCAAGCCCAAGAAGAAAGAGAGGGAGAAGAAGGAGAAGGAAAGGGAGAAGGAGAAGAAAAAAGAAAAGCACAAGAAGAAGAUGGUAGCCGAGGAACAUGCAGAGGCCCCUCCUUCUGUGGUGCUUCAGACUUCUAAGAAAAACAAGAGCAGCAAGGAGCCAAUCGUUAAGAAGGAAAGGAAAAAGCCUGGGAAGAAAGAAGGAGUUAAAAACAGUCGCCCAGUUGUGCCUCCUCCACCGGGGCCAACCCCUCUCGUCCCCUCGGCCUCCCUGGAAGCAGAGGAGGAAUUGGAUGUAUUUGGAGGCAUGUCCAGCGAGAAGUGUGAGCCGAUGUCGUACGAGGAGAAGCGCCAGCUGAGCCUGGACAUCAACAAGUUGCCCGGUGACAAAUUGGGCCGUGUCGUGCACAUAAUUCAAACGCGUGAGCCCUCGCUGAAGAACUCCAACCCGGACGAGAUCGAGAUUGACUUUGAGACUCUGAAGCCCUCCACGUUGAGAGAGUUGGAGAAAUACGUUUCCAGCUGCCUCAAGAAAAAGAAAAAGCCAUCAGUAGAGAAGCCUCUGGAAAUGACAAAUGUGACAAAGGUGAAGACGGAAUCCUCAUCAUCAGGCAGCAGCGACUCCUCUGACAGUGAAGACUCUGACAAUGGGCUGGUUCCCAAGCUGCAGAAGAAGAUCCUCACUAACAAAGACACCAAGAGGCUGCAGAACCUGUCCGUCAGUACCGGUGGGGGUCCCGCCGCUCUUCAACCUCAACCUCAGCCCCAGCCCCAGACUCAGCCUCAAGUGGUCCAGUCCAAACCACCAUUUGUCCCCCCUCCUCCUGUCCAGUCCCUGGACUCCUCACAGCUAAUGGGUUCUGGAUUCGAUCCUCUGGCUCAAUUUAUGAACCCUCACCUGGCGCAACCCAAUCCAACCAUUACUACUGCCGGUGCCACCGUCGUGUCUGGCCUCUUCAACGCAAACCCACCCACUGGCCAGACGCCCGCUGAGACGCUCCCUUUCCUAAACCAACAUCCCAUCAUACCUUCACCAGCGAUCCAUAACGCUCUUCCCCAGCAACCAUCAAGACCUAGCAACCGAGCAGCGCCACUUCCUCCAAAACCCUCCUUGCCCCCCCCAUCCUCGCUCCCCUCCUUACCUCCAUCCUCCUCACUCAAGCUUCAACCCUCACUUCCACUUGCUCUCCCCCAGCCUGUCCCUCGCCCCCGUGUUCCUUCACCCACAUCACACGGCAUUUUGGGUACCCUUUCUGCACAACCUCCCCAGGCCCUGCUGGAGGACGACGAAGAGCCGACACCCAUCAGUUCACAAACCCCACCCCUCAGUCAAGUUCACAGCUUCUUGCAGUCGCUCCAAGCUCGACCCACCGCGCAGCCUCAACCACAGACGCUACACGCGCACACACAUACGCCGGCGCACGGCGCCCCUCAGCUGAUGCCGCCGAUGCACAUGCAGGCUGUGACAACAGCCAUUCCCGCCCUGACACAGAGACACAGCUCAGGUCACGCGCACAUGCGCCAGCCUUUCCCACAUACACAUACGUCAACGUCGCAGCACCAGAAGGGGGUGGCCCUGCAGCAGAAGGUACAACAGAUGCCGCAACAUCAGCAACAUCAACAACAGCCAUCACCACGGAGCAAAGCAGAGCCUUUCCCGACAGGUGUCCUGCGUGAGAGUCCUUCCCCCCUGAUGAUGCAUUCUCCUCAGAUGCCUCAGUUCCAUCCAAUGGGACAGCAGUCACCCUCACAGACCAAGAAACAUGAGCCGAGGUCCAAUCUGGUGGCGGUCAAAGAAGAAAAGCUUUCCCAGUCGCCUGUUCUGCCCCCCUCGCCCUUCAGCCCUGCCAUGCGCCAAGACACACACAAACACGACAGCAAACAUAGAUUAGACCUGAAGCCAAUGGAUGGUUCUCGCCCCGGUUCCCGCCUACCAGACUCCCCAGCACCACCCUGCUCGCAGAAAGACAACAAAAUCAAGCAAGAGCCCAAAACUCCUAUUGCUCCCAAGAAGACACAGGAUGUGAAGUUAAAGAACAUGGGUUCCUGGGCCAGCCUGGCUCAGAGGUCCCAGUCCACGCCGGCCUCCUCCGUGCGCUCUUCCAGCGACAGCUUCGAGCAGUUCAGACGGGCAGCCAGGGAGAAGGAGGAGAGAGAGAGACAGCUGAAAGCACAGGCCGAACAGGCUCGGAGAGAGCAAGAAAAGCAACGUAACCGUGACGAUGACGACACCCCCACCGUGGAGCAGCCUCGUCGAGUGCAAGAAGAUGCCCGCCGUCGCCAGGAGCAACAGUCCCCGCUUGCUCCCACACCUCCGGCUUCCACCCCGCCCACUCACUCCCCACAGGCCCCGCCCACUCAGCCACAGCCCCCACCCCCGCCCUCCUCCGCUGCUCAGAACACACUCGACCAGAGGGAGAUGGCACGCCGCCGCGAGCAGGAGAGGCGCAGGAGAGAGGCGAUGGCCGACACCAUUGACAUCAACUUCCAGAGCGACCUGAUGGCCAUUUUUGAAGAGAAUUUGUUUUGAGAUAGAAAAAGCAGAUGAUAGGAGCAGGAGAAGAAGCCACACACACACACAACACCACACACACCCACACACACACACACAAAUUUACAAACAUGCAUAUAGACCACAAUGCUCUGAUACACAUGGUCGCUCACACACACACACACACACACACACACACACACACACACACACACACACAGACCUAAUAGUAACUGUCCCUUCUCUCAGUAGUUGAAACAGCUGGCUUGUGUCAUGUGAAUGAGAGGGGGAGUCAAAUUUAAAUAAGCAACCCUCUUUUCCUCCAACCUCAGAUACGUUUUGGUGUCUGGCUUGGUGUUUAUGGUUGUUGGUUCUGGGUCUCCCAGGCGACGGAGAAUGAGAUAGUCGGCUCCCUUGAGGGAAACGAGGAAGGCAGAAGAAGAAAAAAAGGAGUGGACAGAACUUUUACAUUUAUAAAAAAAAAAAAACUUAAAAAAAAAAAAAAGAGGAGGAUUUAAUUUAAGAAAUUACGUGAAAUUAACAAAAAACCUUAUUCUCUAAUGUCUGAGAGAGGAGAAGAGGGUUUAAAAGGAACGGGUGAACAAAUUUCAAACGGACAGAUCACUUUUUUUGUUUUUUUUUUCCUCUCCUUAUAUCGUCUUUUUUUUAAAUUUUAAGUUGGGUUUUAACUGAGAGGGGUGGGCCGGUGUGGUCUAGUUUGUCACCUUUCAGCGGUCAUCCGAGAGUCGGUUGUUUUCUCAGGACACAGUGGGAACGCAACACCCCGGCCACAUUCACACGCUUUUCUAAGACAUCUUUCCUCCCUUCACUUCCUUCGAAUUCUCUCUCUUCAGUCGCUAAUUGGAGAGGUGGAGGCUUCAGCGACUCUCGCUCUGUUGGAACACCCGGGGGCGAUGAGGAGGAAACGAUGGCAUUUUAAAAGUUUCAGAGUGUGUCCUCUGCCUUAGCGCCCUGGCCUGUAAACUAACAGUCAUACCCUACAAAUUAUACAUAUUAUAUAUAUAUAUAAGUAGAUACAUGAAUAUAUAUUAUAUACGACGAAAAGUCAACGAAAAAGAUCAUGAGAGGAAUUUGGAUUUUGGGGAGCAAAGCUCGUCUCUGUUCAUCCUUGAGCUCUGGGUUUGGUUUUGUAGAAUUUCCUGUAAA